AUGUCUGUGAGCGAGAUCUUUGUGGAGCUUCAAGGCUUCCUGGCUGCGGAGCAGGACAUCCGAGAGGAAAUUCGAAAAGUUGUACAGAGUUUAGAGCAAACAGCUCGGGAGAUUUUAACUCUACUUCAAGGGGUCCAUCAGGGUUCUGGGUUUCAGGACAUUCCAAAGAGGUGCUUGAAAGCUCGAGAGCAUUUUGGUACAGUAAAAACACAUCUCACUUCUCUGAGGACCAAGUUCCCUGCUGAACAGUACUACAGAUUCCAUGAGCACUGGAGGUUUGUGUUACAGCGCUUGGUCUUCUUGGCAGCGUUUGUUGUAUAUUUGGAAUCAGAAACACUAGUGACUCGAGAAGCUGUUACAGAAAUUCUUGGCAUUGAGCCAGAUCGGGAGAAAGGAUUUCAUCUGGAUGUAGAAGAUUAUCUCUCAGGAGUUCUAAUUCUUGCUAGUGAACUGUCACGUUUGUCAGUCAAUAGUGUGACUGCUGGAGACUACUCCCGGCCCCUUCACAUCUCCACCUUCAUCAAUGAGCUGGAUUCCGGUUUUCGCCUUCUCAAUCUGAAGAAUGACUCAUUGAGGAAGCGCUAUGAUGGCUUGAAAUAUGAUGUGAAGAAAGUAGAAGAAGUGGUUUAUGAUCUUUCCAUUCGUGGCUUCAAUAAGGAAACAUCAGCUUCUUAUGUAGACAAAUAA